AUGGAUGAAACCGUCGGCGAAAUUGAUAUAAACACUGAUAAAAAAAUAUUGACGGAGUUGGAAAUAAAUAAUGAUCCUGCAUUGUGGCCGUCAAUGAGUGAAACCGUCCGAGAAAAAUGUAUACAAUUAGGACCGGCAUUUUUCCAAAAUAAAAACAACGGAUUUUCAGCUUCCUUACGAGAUUAUAAAAACCAAAAAAGUAAUAGUUCAAUGAAUCCUUUUGUAAAAAAUGGAUUUUCAAAUUGGAAGAAGGGCGAUGAAAGAAUUAGUGGUCAUGAAAACAGUUCUGUACACCAGGUAUGCACGAUGAAAUGGCUUCAUCGUUUGAAUAAUAAAACAAAUAUUAAUAAACAGUUAACGAAACAAUUAGAAGUAGAAGAAAAUUAUUGGAUCGAUAUUUUAAAACGCGUUGUUGAAGCUAUUCGUUUUCUUUCGACACGAGGUCUUGCAUUUCGAGGUAGUCAUGAAGUGAUUGGAGUUACGGAUAAUGGUAAUUAUUUAGGAAUACUUGAGUUGAUUGCUAAAUUUGAUCCUGUAUUGAAAGCACACAUAGAAAAUUAUGGUAACAAAGGCAGGGGCAGUGUGUCUUACAUAUCAAAAACUAUCUGUGAGGAACUUAUUGGUAUCAUGUCUUUAAAAGUGUUUGAUCACAUUGUCGAUGAAAUUAUUAAAUCUAAGUAUUUUGGUAUUGUCGUUGAUUCAACUCCAGAUCUUGCCCAUAUUGAUCAGCUGUCGAUAAUCAUACGUUAUUGUUUGAAUGGUAUGGUACAUGAAAGAUUUCUUGGCUUUGUCUCUUUUCAUAGCCAUACUGGCGAAGCUCUAGCUACGACUGUCUUAGAAUUUCUCAAACGAAGUGGUAUCGAUAUUGCCAACUGUCGUGCGCAAACGUAUGAUAAUGCUGCCAACAUGUCUGGAAGAUAUCAUGGACUACAGGCUCAAAUUAAAGAUCUAAAUGAUUUAGCAUUUUAUGUCCCAUGUGUCGCACAUUCUUUAAAUUUAGUUGGAGAUUGCAGUGCAAAAGAAUGUUUAGAAGCAAUCAAUUUUUUUUCAAUUCUUCAAAAAUUAUAUGCGUUUUUUGCAGCCUCUACGCACAGAUGGGAUGUAUUAUUAAGAAACAGUAAAAAAAGUAGUAAGACUUUAAAAAGUCUCUCCAGUACACGGUGGUCUUGUCGUAAUGAUGCUAUUGAAGCAUUAGCUGGUAAUUAUGAUGUGAUAUAUAAUACGUUAUCUGACAUUUCUAAAGAUAUGAAUGAAAAUGCUGACACUCGUCAUGAUGCCAAUUCAAUUAAGAAAAAGUUAAUAAAAUUAGAAAUAGCUUUUAUGACUAUUUUUUGGAAACGUGUUCUAGGCAGAUUCAAUGCUACAAGUGUUUAUUUACAAAGAAUUGAAAUUGAUAUGGUUACUGGUAAUAGUAUGCUACAAUCGUUGAUAACAUUUGUUGAUGAACUCAGAAAUGAUUUUGACGCGAUUGAAGAUGAAGCAAAAAUAUUGAGUAUCUCAGUUAAUAAAGAAUGGUCUAAUGGAGGAAAAAACAAACGUAAAAUUAUUAAAAAAUAUUCGGAUGGUACUACAGGUCAUGAGAGUUUAAAAGGUAGAGAUACGUUUAGAGUCAACACUUUUUUUGUUAUCAUAGAUAAAUUGCAAACCGAAUUAAAAAAACGUAGCUCAGCUUAUGACAAUAUAACAAACCUUUUUGGAUUUUUGACUCGCUUGGACGUGAUUGAUGAUAAUUUAUUGAAAAAAUCCGUAAAUAAUUUAGUCAAAGUUUACUCUCGUGAUUUAGAAGAAAGUCUAUACGACGAAUUGAAACAAUUCAUUGGUAUGGUUAAAGUCAAGGAAGAUAAUAAAUUAAUAAAAAACCCAAUUAACAUGUUACAAAUGAUUGUUGAAGAUAAUCUCUCGGGCGUUUUUCCACAUAUUUAUGUAGCGUUCCGAAUUUUUUUAAGUAUACCAGUUACUAACUGUGAAAGUGAACGAUCUUUUUCUGCACUAACAAUAAUUAAAAAUAAAUAUCGUUGUAUGAUGGGUGAAUCAAGACUGACAUCUCUAUCUAUUCUUUCAAUAGAGUGUGAAUUGACUAUGAAUAUUUCAUUUGAAAAUAUUAUAAGACAAUUUGCCCAGGAAAAAUCCAGGAAAAAGUUUUUCAAACAUAAUAUUAUAUAA